GUUGCGCUGGCCGUGGUGCUGAAAACUCUCCUCACGACGCACAGAUGCGACAACUGAAGUGUUUUUUGACAGUUGUUCGUUGAGAAACAAACACAUCACAAAACUGUUGACCCAAAAUAAAACACUAAUAUCACUUUUUCCAGAUAGUCCAGUCGCCCGAGAGAAGAGGUUGAAGAAGUUGAAACUGUUUAUGAAUCAUUUAUGAAGUGUAGAUAGACUGAGAGACUACCAGAGGCACAAGAUACAGCACUUCUCCCUCGCAGGAAUACAGGUGCUCGGACCCCCCUCCUGCCCAUUCUGCAUGGUCAUGACCAGUCACGACGCACCCUCCACAGCCCGACUCGUCCUAUUGGUCCUGCUCACUGUCACUCCACGGCUGACCGCCACCCCUGUGGGUGGGGAUGGGCAGGGGGAGGGGCACUCUAGGACUCACCAUAAAGAGGACAGCCUCAACCCCCUCCAUAGCCCUCUAGAAAUCAGCCCCAGCCCCCUCCACCACCCCUUGGACCAGACCCAGGACCGGAUAGAGGACCAGGUACAGAGCCAGGAACAGAGCUAUGGUGGCCCCACAAACAUGGACCCUGCCCGGGCUCUAGCCGCUAUGCUACUGGAGGCCCUGGACCACACUAGGAGAGGACAGACACAGGAGAGAGGAGAGGGGGACCCAGUCCCUUUGGAGGAGAGAAGGGAUGAGGAGACAAGGAGAGAGGUUGGGAGAGAGGAGGAGGAGGAGGAAAGGAGGGUGGGAGAGAGAAAUAUGGAACAACUAGGACCAGCACUAGUGGCAGUAGCUCUGGGAGAGGAGUUAAGAGAGAUAGAGGAAGAGGAGGAGAGGGAGGAGAAGAAGAGGUCGGAGGACAGAGGCUGGCUUCUAGAGAUAGAGGGGGACAGAGCUGGUGGUGGGAGUGAGGAGGGAGGACAGCAGAAGGAAGAGGAGGAGGAGGAAGGUGAAGCAGGGAGAUGGGGAGGUGAGAAGGAGAAAAGAGCAGAGGGGAGUAGGACAGGAGAGGAGGGGAGGCCUAUUGACCUCCAGCGGAAGGCUCGGGGCUACUUCCAGAACAUAGACCUCGGUCUCCAAGACAACGAGAUUCUUCCCCCUCUGAAGGGGUAUAAGGCCUAUAACACCCAGCUGGCACAAGCUGGGAAAAAGCUGCACUGGGAAGAGGAGCGGGCACGCAACACACCCCUGGUGGGAAACUUCAUGGACGACUUUGAGAAUGAAGCAGAGGAGGAGGAGGAGGCGGCAUUGUCGAUGGUGGAGGAGGAGGAGGCUCGGGCGCGUGCAGAGCAGCAGGAGGUUCAACGGCAGCAGGAGGAGGCAGAGAGGGCUAGAGAGGAGGAGCAGAGGCUGGCGGACAUCGCCUCGGACAUGUUGCUGCAGUACAUGGGGAGACAGAAGCAGCAGAGGGCGCCCUACCUCACGGCCAGACAGAAACAAAAGGGGGCGCCCUACCUCACGGCCAGACAGAAAGCCGGCGCCAACGCUGCUGAAGACAAGCGCUCCGAGGAGGUGGUAACCGACGGCGACGACCUGGAUCAGCAGAUGAUUGACAGGCUGAUCGAGAUCAGCAGCAAGCUGCACCUGCCGGCCGACGACGUGGUCCAGAUCAUCUCCAACGUAGAGGAGAAGAAGAAGAGGAAGGAGCUGACGCCGCUUAGCAACCCGGUCGCCCCGCGUUACCGGCCCCUAGUGACGGGCCCCAUGUACCACUACACAGCCUCCUCCAACCCCAAGAAGGACCCUUACUACCAGCCCUACAAGAACAAGUGGAACAAGGACAGAGCGAAGGCUAAGGCCUACAAGCAGGACGUUUGGUUCAAACCCCAGAAACAGAAGGACGUCUGGUUUAAACCACAGAAACAGUUCCUAGCCUUCCCGUCCUACCCCUACUACCAGAAACCCUAUCGAGCGUACUACCCUGUGUUCUUCCCCUACCCCAAACCCCAGUACUACGACAAUACCCCCAUGGGGGAGGAGCUACCCCACAGCCCGCCCUCGGACUACGAGCUUCGGCCUACCAGGCGCAGACACAGGGCCGGAGGCAGGGCCAGAGGUGGAAGUAGGCAUGGCUGGAGACAGCAACCCCUCCCGCCCCGUCUUCCCUCCUCUCCCUACAUCUCCAAUUACAUCCUGCCACACCCCCGGACAUAUCAGCCCCUGCCUAAACCCCUUUCCCCCCAGAACAGGGCCAGGCCCCCCCCGUACUACUACCCCUCAGGGCCUGAGGGCUUGGGUGUAGCUGGGGGGUGGGCGGGAGGGGACUAUGAAGACGACGAUGGGCUGGUUCCUCAGCUGGACAGUCAAGAGGAAUUGGAGAACUUUAUAUCCAAAAUAUACAUGAAACGCAGAAUGUACUAGAGACAGAAGGACAGACAGUACUGCAGGACAAAAGGACCAAACAGGGGAGGGAAGAGAGGGAGUAAAUAGGAUUGGAUGAGAGAGAAAGAUAGGAUUGGAUGAGAGAGAAAGAUAGGAUUGGAUGAGAGAGAAGGAUAGGAUUGGAUGAGAGAGAAGAAAGAAUGAGAGGGUGGUGGUGAAAGAUUGCUUUUCUGUUGUUUUUUCACUUUGUCGUUUCUUUGUUUUAUUUGUGACCAGGGAAAGGAGGGAGGAGGGGGAGAUGUUGACGUUGUGAGUCAGAACCUCCGGUCUAUCCGGAUCAGGGCUGUCUGCUUUCAUUCAGGUCUGUCUCUGACGUUGGGGCACAUCCAGAGAGUUUGGAGAGGGGGGGGGUUUAGAACCGACAACAUGGUGCCGACAAACAGGAGACUCAUGUUUACAGAAUCAUCUAUAGACGGGUUACCUGACAACGUCACCAAAAAGAUGUGUACGCUUCAAUGGGGCCAGAUUUACACGUGUUUCUGUGAUUCUGGAUGUCCAGAUCGCUAGAAACGAUGACAAGAAGCUGACGUGGGGAAACGUAGGCGGCUCGUUUCAGCUCGUUGUGUCUUGUUAUUGAUACCGUGUCUUGUUUUGAGGUGUUUUGACUGAUGUCGUAUUAAUGCUAAUAUGGCAAAUAAAAAAUGCUAGCUAGCUAACCAACAGCUGCAACAAUAUAUUUGCGAAACUAUAUUUGUUGCUAAACAACCAACCUGUCUGUUUUGCCUUAUAGAUACGCACGCCUCGGUUUUGUUGCUAAACAACCAACCUGUCUGUUUUGCCCCAUAGAUACGCACGCCUCGGUUUUGUUGCUAAACAACCAACCUGUCUGUUUUGCCCCAUAGAUACGCACGCCUCGGUUUUGUUGCUAAACAACCAACCCGUCCGUUUUGCCCCAUAGAUACACACGCCUCGGUUUUGUUGCUAAACAACCAACCUGUCUGUUUUGCCCCAUAGAUACGCACGCCUCGGUUUUGUUGCUAAACAACCAACCCGUCCGUUUUGCCCCAUAGAUACACACGCCUCGGUUUUGUUGCUAAACAACCAACCCGUCUGUUUUGCCCCAUAGAUACGCACGCCUCGGUUUUGUUGCUAAACAACCAACCCGUCCGUCUUUCCUUUCAGAGAUUCAGGAAAAUGUCUUGAGUUGUGUUUUUUUUUGUUACCAUCAAGCUGAUCUCUUACUAAGGUACCAAACACAGUCAUAGAUUCCAGGACUCUUCAGAUAGAGGAGUUAUGAUUCUACCUGUUCUAAUACCAAUACCAUAAUAAUACUGACAUAGGAAAUAGACUUUAACGUAAAAUAAGUACUUUUUUUUUUUACCUAUUUAGGAUCGCAUUCCUCGUGUUUACAGGUUUUGAAACAGGGUUGAAACAAAAAAAAACCUUGACAGUUAACAGUUAAGACAUUAAUUCAGACGGGUUAAGAUUAGGACUAACGUUUGGGAUGAUGUUAUAUAUAAUAUAUAAACAAGAAAAACAAAAACAAAGCUAUGUAACAUCAACUAGAGUUGUUGAUGGUGGACUCCGUUGUAGGCAGCCUGUUGUGGGCCCAUAGUGAUGUGAGAGAGACAGUAGGACUCUGUUAUGUGUCCCGGUCUCCUUAGUUACAACCUGAUAGACUUCCAUAGAGGGACCAGUUAUUCACUACUCAGGAGCUAUAAGGCAGGUCACAUCUCUCAACUACUAGAAGUCACUAUGUCAUAUUAUUUCCAAAGGAUAUUGAGAAAGAGGGGGAGACGAUUUUUUAUUUAUUUAACCUUUAUUUAACUAGGCCAGACAGUUAAGACUGCUGCUUCUGUCUCCCCAAACCGACGCUGGGCCAAACCCGGACGACGCUGGGCCCGGACGACGCUGGGCCAAUUGUGCAUCUCCCUAUGGGACUCCCAAUUACAGCCGGAUGUGAUACAGCCUGGAUUCAAACCAGGGUGUUUGUAGUGACACCUCAAGCACUGAGAUGCAGUGCCUUAGACCGCUGCGCCACUCGGGAGCCCUGAGGAAGAGGGGAGAGGAAGAGGGGAGAGGAGAGGAAGAUGGGAGAGGAGAGGAGGAGAGGAAGAGGGGAAGAGGGGAGAGGAGGAGAGGAAGAGGGGAAGAGGGGAAGAGAGGAGAGGAAGAGGGGAGAGGAGGAGGGAGGGUGAGCUAGGAGAGCUUGACCUGAUAAAUCUGCACGUCUUUCUACUUAAAAAAAUAAUAAAAAAUAAAAAUAACAUUUUUACAAAAAAAAAAAAAAAAAUCCAGUGAGGAGAAAUACGUAGUGGUGUUUGUUUCUCCGACUCAAUUGUGAUCUAAAAAAAGUGAGAAUGUAAAACUCGGGGGCCAGAGAAAAGCUCUGUCCUGUGAAAGGACUGUUGUGUUGUCGUGACCAUAUCUCCUUCGGGCUUGUAAGAUGUACAGUUCAUGUGAAAUAAAUGCCCUUCUGUGCAACGUGUACAUAACAGCAUGACCCAUGACUAGUUUUGCUUUAAGAAGAAAAAAUAAAAGCAACUAUUUUAUUAAA